AUGCUCUGCCAGAUCUUUGGGCAGGCCAAGAAGCAUCCUAGCUCGAUUCUCCUCUUUGCAUUUACUGGAGCUGGAGGGACUGGAGCAAGGCCGUAUGUCAUGUAUCUGACUUUGUUCAAUCUGGAUGUCAGUUGGGACAGGAAGAUUAACCCAGAACCCUGGAAUAAACCGGAUCCCAAUGAUCAAUACAGGUUCUACCCAGUGAAUGUAGAUGACAGCAAACUGAAGAAGGAAAGUCCAGACUUAUAA